AUGCAGCGGAGGGGCAUGCAGCGGCGCACGGUGGACUACAGCGCCACGGUGGCGCUCUACCUGCACGAGCGCGCCCAUGCUUGCAAUGCCUUCAUCCUCCCCCCUCCCCUCUCUGCAGCGCGCAGGAUGCAGAGGCGGGGAAUGCAGAGGCGCACGGUGGACUACAGCGCCACGGUGGCGCUAUACCUGCACGAACGCGCACGCCAGUGGGACGCCCGUGACGCCGCUGACCUCCUGCCCACCUCCUCCGCUUCCCUCAAGCUGCUGCCGUGCAUGGGGUACGAGGACCGCCCAGCAGCCAGCAUCACGUCUCGCUUUGUGCACGCCUCCACCAACAAGAUCCGCUGCCCCAUCAACCAAGUCGUGUGGACGCCCACGGGGCGGCGGCUGCUGACAGGGUCGCAGAGCGGCGAGUUCACGCUGUGGAACGGGCUCUCCUUCAACUUCGAGAUGCUCAUGCAGGCUCAUCAGGUGGCGGUGAGGAGCAUGAUGUGGAGCCACAACGGCAACUGGCUGGUGUCAGGGGACGACUCGGGAUGCAUCAAGUACUUCCAGACCAAUUUGCGCAUGAUGAAGGAGAACGCCACGGCCCACAAGGAGUCCGUGCAGGGCGUCAGCUUCUCCAGUUCAGACCUCAAGUUCUGCUCGUGCUCUGAUGAUACAGCAGUGAAGGUGUGGGACUUUGCGCGCUGUCAGGACGAGGUGACCCUUGCCGGCCAUCGCUGGAACGUGCUGUGUGUCGACUGGCACCCCUUCAACUCCCUCAUCGUCUCGGGUGGCAAGGACACGCAUUCAAAGCUCUGGGAUGCACGCACGAGCCGGGAGGUGUGCACGCUGUACGGGCACAAGCGCACGGUGCGAUCAGUGGCAUGGAACCAGAACGGCAACUGGCUCGCAUCAUCCUCUGAUGACCAGCUCGUGAAGCUGUACGACAUUCGCACGCUCAAGGAAAUGGAGACGUUCAAGGGGCACACUAAGGAGGUCUCAUCCAUAGCAUGGCAUCCCGUGCACGAGGACCUGCUGGCCUCUGGCGGCUCUGACGGCAGCAUUCUCUUCUGGCUCGUCGGUUCGAAUACGAGCGGGCCGGCAGCAGAGGUGACAAACGCACACGAGAACGCGGUGCUGUCGCUGGCAUGGCACCCGCUGGGGCACACGCUGUGCAGCGGCAGCCGCGACCAGAGCACCAAGUUCUGGAGCCGCAACCGGCCUGGCGAUGCUGUGAAAGACCCGAUGGGUUCAGUCAACACUUCGUCCCCUGCUGCUGCUGCCGCCGCCACUCCUGGUUAUGCUGGUGAGCGUGGGUGUGGGGGAGUGUGA